AUCAUCACCAUCUUAUCCCUCUCUCUAUCUAUUCAAUCAACACUUUGUCUCUCUCCUCCUUGUCUUUUUGACUUCUGCUUCUUUUUUUUUUUUUUUCCUUUUCUUCUUCCCAAUUAUUUAGCCUAUUUAUAUCUUUGUUCUUCAUUUUUGUCUCUCAAUACAUUUUCACUUUCGCCCCCCCUCUCUCUCUCAAUUUCUUCAUCAUUACAAGCAACUAAUUUCAUCUAACUCUCUCUCAAUUUUAUCAUAAUUUCGGUACUUUCCUCUCAGCAUGCAAAAGCUGUUCGCCAUUUCAGAUCUGUCUCACUGUUUUGAUUUUUCAAGCUGUUCGGAUUUCGAGAAAUCUCGUCGCGUUUGCCCAUGAAUGAAGCUUCCCAUCCUUAAAUUCCCUAGGAAAUAGUAUUCAUUUCUUGUUUCUCUCUAGAAAUUUCGCGUCCUGCGCCUUAUUAAUCGGCGCCAGUGGCCGAUUCCGCCAAAAUUCACUCGAUUCGUUGACCAAGAAACCGGCGAUUAUACGCCAAUGGAAAUUGUCGUCGGUGGAGGCGGAGGCGGCGGCGGCGGCGAGAAGCUGUACUCUCAGAAUCUGCAAGACUUUCUGAGAAUCAAGGAGGAAGAUCAUUGGAGGAAUCUCAACCAGAGCACCUCCUCCAGUAGCGGCGGCGGAGCCCGCCGCAGCUCCUCCGGUCUGACAUUGAGCGCCGUUCUCAGUGAUAAAAUCGGCCAGCCUCCGCCGGCCGAGGAGCCGCUGCGGCGCGUCGAAUCGAACCGGACAUUGCUAGACAUCAUCCGCGAGGACCAAACCGCCGGCGGUCUCGGCCGCGGUCGGGACGACGGCCGGAGGAGUUGGCGGCACUUGAAGGACAAGAUCCGCCUCCGCCGCAGAGCUCGCGGCUCCGCCUGGCCGACCGCCGCCCCCACCCCGUCGUCCGACUCCAACAACCACCACCAGCGGCCGACGGAGACGGCGACGCAACACCAUUCUUUCAGGUUCAGCUCAAUCACCGAAUCGGGCGAGUCCACUCAGUCCGACUCAAUUUCUCCAAUUCCCCUCAGAAACCCUAGGCGAUCAAUUGAGAGUGCCAGCGAAAGGUUCGAGCCAUCGAGUUCGAGGCAAUCGACAACCGACGGCAAUUUAAAUGAAGAGCGCCGCAUCGACGCCGUGGAAGAGGCGCCGGAGCAGCCGGUGAGGAUGUCCUUGAUGGCCCUACUGGCGGAGAACGAUCGGCAGAUGGGGUAUGAAAGCUCGGCGUACGUGAUGGAUGAGGAGGAAAUGGGCGGCUCCACCUCCACCUCCGGCAAAGGCGUGGAGUAUGAAAACUGCUGUGUUUGCAUGGUGAGACAUAAGGGGGCGGCUUUUAUCCCCUGCGGGCAUACGUUUUGCAGGCUGUGCUCCCGGGAGCUUUGGGUGCAGAGAGGAAACUGCCCUCUUUGCAAUAAUUUCAUCGUCGAAAUUCUUGAUAUCUUUUGAUGCUAAUUGUAGAGGAUAUGCAUUCUUGAUCAUCAGAUUGCUGCCCAAAAUCAUCUUCUUCUUUAAACUCUCCUUUCACUCUUCUUCUUUUUCUUUUUAGUCCUUCAUUUUUUGGUUUUGGGUGAAAUUUUAGUGGUGAAUACCAGAACCUUUACCAUUCGGAUA